UUCAGGAUGAUUGCGACAAUUUAUAAAGUUAGUUUCUAUAUAAAGUCUCUUCUGACUUUUAUUUUUUAUUAUGUUCGUCAAUUAAAUUGAAAUUUCAAUUUUUUGCAAUAUUAAAAUUUAUAUAUCGCUAAAGAAAUACUAAGAAGUAAUUAUAAAAAAGUUCCAUACGCAUGUUCAAUUGCCAAAUAUAUUGUUCAAAUACCUAAUUUUGUUGCUUAUUUCGGCUUCUUUACUGAAAUUAUUUAAUAAUACAAUGAGCUGGUUAAUUUCGAUUUCACUUAUAUUUAUAUUUAAUAAAAGAGUUGGAUUAUCUAUCCUAUUUUUCUCAAACAAGUAGGGAUGUAUCUGCUAUUUCUCACGACGUUAAGCGGAGAACCGCGUGCAGGAUGUGCAACAAGAAGCAACUUAUGCAAAUACAUAAACUUCCCGAGGUGGAUGCGCGCGAGUAGGGCGAAUUCCUGAGGAUACUCGACAUCGAUCCCUGGACGCGCAAGCGCCGACCGACGGAUUCUCAUCUACUUCCAUCGUUCCCGAUCAUCGAGAGUUUGUUCGUCGUACUUGGCGAACGUUAGUUAGAACGCGGUCAUCUAUUUUCGUUUACUUGAACAGUCGACCGUCUUUCGCGAUAUUGCUGGUCCCAGUUAAGGUAGACGGACACAGAAGAACUAAUGUCGGCUCUUCUAGAUGUAUGCGGAAAUGAUACCGGUUCACCAUCGAUAUCGAAGGCUGAUGAUAAUUUAUCCAACAGCGACGGGCCUCUGAUUAAAGGCCUCAUUCGCCAAAACAGUUGCAGCAGCGUACAUGCAAGGAUGAUCGGCUCUUCGUACGGUAUGUCAUCAUCGAGCGAAAAAUCUACAAAGAGACGUUAUUGUCUUUGGACGUUAACUCUAGUUUUGGCGAUAAUCGGUCUCUGCAAUCUUUUCUUGAAUAUCACUGUCAUUGCUGUUUUGCGUAUUAGCCAGGGAAUGGAGGCCAUGGAAGUAAUUCCAGAUGAAAAUCUUGUCAAAUUUUAUGGAAGAACUGAUUUGGACAAGAUAUCUCUACAAUCCGGUGUCUGCCAGAGUUAUGGCGACGAGUCGAUGGAGGUAUCUGGCGACGAGGCUGGAGUUCACGUCGACGUAAAGGGCCAUGGUCGAAACAUUCAGGAGACACAUCCGCGCUCAAAGCUAAGCGUCUUAGCGAAUGGCACCACCAUGUCGCAGGUGGAGUCAUUUGAGGUAAAAGAUCCGCGUACCGGCGCGACAUAUUUUACCACCGAUUUUCCGAACUUUGGAUUACCGAGCGGCGUCGAAACGAUCGACGUGAGGAUUGCGGAGACCCAUCGAAUCACUUCGUCGGUCAAUGAGAGUCUUGCGAUAAAGUCCGACAAUCAAAUCUCGAUGCAUGGCGCGGAGGGCGUACGUAUUGAGAGCAAAAACAUUGUGUGGAGUGCCGACCUGGAUAUCUUCCUGAAGAGUGUAAACGGUAGCGUCAUAUUAGACGCCAAGGACGGUAUUUCCAUCAACCUAAAGAGUAUUCCAGUGGCUCCCACGUUCUUGCCAAGUCCUAUCGGAAGUCACGAACAAUACAAGGUCUGCGUGUGUAUGCCACAGGGCAAGCUUUUUAAGAUGCCAGUCCGACCGGGCGCGAGUUCUCGUACUGUCAAUUGCGCACGAGUCGCCAGGACCCCCGAGAGCGACCCAUGUCUACAUUGAAUCCUAAAUAAAGACUGAUGUUUUCUACCACACGCUUAAAUAACGUGCAAUCACUGCCAAAAAGGCAAACUGCGUUAAAAAAGGCAAGCAUAUUUGGAGCUUGACUUGUGUAAUAUCGAUAGACAGUAUAUUGAGCAAGAUAUUUAAAAUAUAAAGUAGAUGUGAUGGGGCACAUUUACGCAGUAUCGUUGUUACAUAAUCAUUAACCGCCUAUCUUUAAGAAAAACUGACACAAAAAUUACAUAAGUCGAAUCUUUAGAGAUCAAAUCUUUCCCUAACACUUAUGCAGUUGUGAGUGAAGGUAUAGAAGCUUAAGGUGCUAUCGUGUAAAAAAGACUUUUAGAAAUCGAAUUAUAUAAUCGAAUUUUUGUAUAGAUUACAUUCUAAUCUAUUCAUUAUUUUAUAUGUACGACAAAUCGUGCAUUUUGUGAACACACUCAAUACCUUGAAUCGUUCCCGUAAAUAUAAACGUCGUGAAUAAAAAUCAUCUUAAGAUUAUCGACGAAA